ACCCAGCUCCCCUCCCGCCCGGACGUUUUGCCUUGAUCGGAGCAUCUUUCUCCGCUCUCGUCGCCUCGGGGUCCCCGUUGCAGCAGCGUGCCAGUCCCUCCCCUGAAAGUCUUUCCACGAUGCCGGUGACACGUUCCAAAUCUGUGGGCAACACCAGUGCUCUGACUUCUCAGCUGGGCAUCAUCCGCCUGCUGGAAGUCCUUUUCACUUGCGUCGCCUUCAGCCUGGUGGUCCACCGGCAAGCCUGGGAUGGCCGGGAUGGCGACUGGUGCAUCUUCUCGUGGUGCAUUUGCUUCGCCAUCACCAUCAUCAUCUUGAUAGUGGAGUUUGCUGGCCUUCAGCACCGCAUUCCUGUCUCCUGGAAGAACUUCCCCAUCACGUUUGCCAUGUACGCCACCUUGAUAUGCCUCUCGGCUUCCAUCAUCUACCCGGUGUCCCACAUCCAGAACAGAAGCCUCCCUCGUGAAGAGCGUGGGUAUCGCAUUUCGGCCACCGUGUUCUCUUGCCUCGCGUGCCUGAUGUACUCCACAGAGGUCACGGUCACCAAAGCCAAGCCGGGAGAAGUCACCGGAUACAUGGCCACCGUCCCCGGGCUGCUCAAGGUGGUGGAGACCUUUAUUGCCUGCAUCAUUUUUGUCUUCAUCAGUAAUCCAGUUUCUUACGACCAUCCUGAAGCCCUUCAGUGGUGCAUGGCCGUCUACUGCAUCUGUUUCAUCCUCUCGCUGCUGGUCAUCAUCCUCUGCAUCGGCGAAUGCACCGGCUGGCUGCCAUGUCCAUUCAACAAGUUCCUCAGCGGCUACACCCUCUUGGCCGUGCUCAUGUAUGCGACAGCCACAGUUAUCUGGCCCAUCUAUAAGUUCGACCGAAAACACGGUGGAGUCUCAUCUCGGCCUUGCGGCAAUAAAACUUUCUGUUAUUGGGACAGGUGGGUGGCCAUUGCUGUGCUGACAGCUCUCAAUCUCCUGGUGUACCUUGCUGACCUGGUGUAUUCUGCACGGCUGAUAUUCAUCCAAGGGUAGACCAUGGCUGCAAAAAGCGAGUAAAGAAAGCCCUUUCUCUGCCUCCCUUUUUGCUCUUGUGCUUCCCUCCGUCCUCAUCUCUGUCUUUUCAUUUCCAUGCUAGUGUCCCCACCACAAGCUGUUGGUUUUUUUUUACAUUCCUCCUUUCCAGUAAUCCGCACAUCUCUUCCUUGCUCUUUCCACCUCCUGAGCAUGCCUUGCUCAUUGCAAGCCUGUCCUUUGCUCCCAUUUUGCUCACGUGGCAAAAUUUGGCAUAAACGUUCUUGCCUUUGGAAUAUCGUUCAGGCUCAUUCUCAGACCUGCUCGUGUUGCACACUGGUUCUUUGCUGUCCCUGUACAUUUGCAAGGUGUAGCUAGCUGAGAGCAUUAAGUUUCUCUCCGUGCACAGAGGUAGCACUGUUUAAAAAGGGUGGUGCUGGAGGUCCAUGCCCAGAAGGGAGAGAAGCACCCAGGGGGUGUGAACCUCAACUGAAGUAGAAUGCUUCCAUCCUCCAGAACCCAUGACAACCUCGUUUGAUAUCCAUCUUUCUGAAUUCUUCCUGUGCAUCUGUUGCCAGCUCACAGGUCCGCCUUUCUUUAUCCAUAUUUUCCACCAUCUUCCAGCCUUCAUGAAACCUUUGAACCGUUGUGUCCCUGCUGGAAAAAGACUUAUUCAGCCACCAGCAAGUUGUCCUCUUUCCAGUGAACCCUAGUUUAGGCUGAGAGGGCAUAGACAAUGCUGGAGCCUUGCUUUGUUUGUAGGAAAGAUGAGUCCCCUCUAACAUACUUGUCUGGCUGUUAAAACAACCCCCACCCUACAUGAAUUGUGGGGCUCUCCUAAGUGUACUUCUCAGUCACCAGUGAACUUGCUAGAUGCAGGUCCCAUCGAAAUGAAUUGGAACUGCACCUGAGCGGCGCGACACUGUAGUUUUCUUUGGUACUUCAUUGGGAAGUUUAUUCUAUGGUUUAAGAGGAUGCCUUUUAAAAUACCAUAUAGAGGGUAAAAAUUCAUGCAUGCUUCAUGAGAGAUUAAACUUGCAUAUGUUUACUUCUAACAGAUUUCUGCAAGAAAAAGCUCUCUGCAGUUCCCCAAAUAAUUUACUUAGGAACUGCUGAUUCUUGUCAUAACUUGGAUUUUGAAGGGGAGUUUACUUUCUGCAUUCAGAAGUCUUCGAUUGGAUUUAGGAAAAUAAAUAAACCUCUUGGAGGUUAAAAAAGUAAUAAAUGCAGGGGCUUUAAAUGAUAUGCCAGUGCCAUGCCAAAGAACAGUUUCCACAUUGGAGCAGCCCCUUUAAUUGUUUCCGUAAGUGUUAGAAAUCCUUGCCUGCAGUGUUAUUAAGGGCAGUGCCUUAUAUAAAAGGCAGCUUCAUUCAUGAAAAAGUAUUGUGCCUUUAAAAUGUUGACACUUAAAAGAAAAUGCCUGCCACUGAGUGUCGUUAACACUGCCGCUUUAGUUUUUCCUGCUGGAAAAAAUAGCAUAAUCAAAAGUAUGUUUGGUGGAGUGCUAAGUGUGCAGUUUUGGCCUUUCUUUGGUUACUGAUCCAGUAUUUAAAAAUAAACAUAUUCCAGGUGACACUAAUCUGAAAUAACUUUGCUUUCCCAUACUGUGGCCUUAAAGAGGACAACGUUCUCUACCAUUAGUUGCGUGCUACAAUUUAGUAAUAUGUAUUUUUAAAAAAUGAAUUUAUCAUACUGUUCUCAUUAUUUGCCUUUUUUAUACUUCUAAAUACCAUGUAACAUAGACUGAAUGAUACGGUCCUGCCCUGCUCCAAUUAUCAUUAAGUUCAUUUCACCUUAACUGCAAUGCUGUUUGUGAGUGUAUUUUUUAAAAUAUGCAAAUAAAAUAUGUAUAUAAAAUAAUGGAGCAAUGAUACAUUAAA